CAUGACACUGCACUGUUUACCCAUCAUUUGUGAAUUUCUGCUUUCCACAGCUCUCAUUUCUCCAAAAAUGUGUUGGAGCCACUGGGAAAAUAUGCCUUUAAGCCAUUCCAGCCCUCAAGAAGCACAGAGAUCAUCCUGGAAACUCUGGUUCCUCUUCCCAGCAAUAGUUACAUUACUAUUGCUUUGCCUCUUCAGUCUACUAAUCUUUACUUUUCUCCCACUCAAGACUGCUAAUGAGCCCUGUGUAGCUAAGUUUGGACCAUUACCCUCAAAAUGGCAAAUGGCAUCUCCUGAACCUCCUUGUGUGAAUAAGAUAUCUGACUGGAAGCUGAAGAUACUUCAGAGUGGCUUGUAUUUAAUUUUUGGUCAAAUGGCUCCCAACGCCACCUACAAUGGUGUAGCUCCUUUUGAGGUGCAGUUGCGUAAAAAUGAAGACAUAAUACAAACUCUCACAAACAAUCUUAAAAUCCAAAAUGUAGGAGGGACUUAUGAAUUGCAUGCUGGAGAUACAAUAGUCUUGAUAUUCAACUCUGAACAUCAGGUUCUAAAAAAUAAUACAUACUGGGGGAUCAUUUUACUAGCAAAUCCUCACUUCAUCUCCUAGAGACCUGAUUUCUUCUCCUCAUACUCUUCAGCACAUGCAGAGGUGCUGGUGAGUGAAUUGGAAGGGGUAGUAGUAACUAGGGUUUGUCUGGGUACACAAAUCCAUACAAAGAGAACUUCUCUACAUGUAAAUUUUCAUCU